GUUGAUGACGUGUCUGCCUUGAGGAUCACAGAUUGAAAACAUCACCAGUUCCAGGACAGGACCAGCAUUACUGAGUGUGAGCUGUGGACAGGCCGGGCCAGAUUGAUGAGUGGAACGUAUUUGGUCGUAUGUUGUUUCUACGGAGGGCUGGGGUAACAACACAUUAUUCUUCCUCUUCUCUUUCUGUGUCGUGCUCGGUACCGUUAGGAGCAGGUUAGGAGGCUUGGAUGGCAAUGCGAGGACAAUGGGGACCCAUAACUUCAGUGUGGGAUAUAUGUCUGGAACAAGACAAUUUAACGUUACUUGUUAUAACGAUGUAACAUCGUGUGAUAUAUAUCACAAAACUGACCGACGUUAAAUGCGGAAAACAUCGUCUUGAAAAGCGGGCGACGUUAUAAGGAACUGAUGGGAACUGUUCAUAGCUAACGUUAACUUCACGUUAGCCUUAUCAAUUCGGUAAUGUUCUUCUUAACUGUUAAUUUCUGGAACUGCAUUCAGGAGGUGAUGUCUUCCAAAGAAACUCUUUUCGUGGAUCCAGCAAGCAAGUGUUUAUGAGACUGAAACAAAUCAACAAAUCGUCUUGUCUUUAUUGUUUUGACUGACCUCCCAACAGAGUCAACACAUCAUUCUGUGGUGUCCUAGCUAAUGUUAAUAGCGUUAAAUAUUUCUCCAUGAUUUGUACAAAGCUACGAUUAGGCAUAGAAUAGGAAGAUCGCUCCUUAUAAGAGAACAUUCGUUGUGCUUCGUAAAUGUAAUGUAUGUUAGUGUAACGAAUUUGAUGCGGCAUAUCAUCUUGUUUUGGGGUGCCCCUGUGUCACCCCCAUUGUUUACCUGGUCGUAGUCCAAAUAAUAACAAACAAAGGUGAAGUUGGAGUGACACUGGGAGCUUUGCGUAUUUCCCCUCUCUUCAAAAAGGACUUCAAAGCGGUCUUUGAUACAGUGCUUUUGACAGAGCGUUGCGAAGCUGACCCAGGUGUGCCAUGCGUCUCUCAUCUUUCCUCGCCGUAUUCCGGCCUGCCCUCCCCCUCAUCCUGGGGCUUUCUUUGGGCUGCAGCCUGAGUCUGCUGAUGGUGUCAUGGACUCAGGGGGACACGGAGGAGACCUGUGGUGAUGAGCUUGGGAAUGGAGGUUUGUUUGCCGGCGGUCAUUUGGGAGAAUCUCAGGAUAACCUGGCGGGUGGAGCUGGAAACGAAGACUUCCAGCCACGUAUUGUGCCCUAUCACAAGGACCCCAACAAACCACACAAGAAAGUUCUCAGGACGCGCUAUAUCCACACGGAGCUGGGCAUCCGAGAGCGCCUCCUGGUGGGCAUCCUGACGUCCCGCGCCACCCUGAACACGCUGGGCGUGGCGGUGAACCGCACAGUGGCGCACCACUUCCACCGCACCUUCUUCUUCACGGGCCUGCGUAGCGCCAAGGCGCCGCACGGCAUGUCGGUGGUGACGCACGGCGAUGACCGGCCUGUGUGGCUCAUGUACGAGACGGUGCGCCACCUGCACCAGCACCACGGCAACGACUACGACUGGUUCUACCUGGCGCAGGACGACACGUACACGCAGGCUGAGCGCGUCAUGGAGCUGGCGGGCCACCUGAGCGCCGGCCAGGACCUGUACAUGGGCCGUGCCGAGGAGUUCAUCGGCGGCGACGAGCGCGCGCGCUAUUGCCAUGGUGGCUACGGUUACCUGCUCUCACGCAGCCUGCUGGCCCGCCUGCAGACGCACCUGGACUCCUGCCGCAAUGACAUCCUCAGCGUCAGGCCUGACGAAUGGCUGGGCCGCUGCAUCAUCGACUAUCUGGGUCUGAGCUGUGUGGAGGUGCACCAGGAGAUGACGUACCGUUACUUUGAGCUCCGUAAGAACGCCGACCCCGAGCGUGAGGACAGCCCACAGUUCAAGAACGCCUUCACCGUGCACCCGGUGUCCGAGCCAGGCCUGAUGUACCGCCUGCACAAGCGUUUCAGCCAGAUCGAGCUGGACUGGACCUACACUCAGAUCCAGCAGCUGCAGGCUCAGAUCAGUAACCUGAGUGAGCUGACCCCCGAGGGCAAGGCUGGCGCCACGUGGCCCGUGGGCAUCAACCCGCCCUUCCACCCCAAGACCCGCUUUGAGGUCAUCAACUGGGAGUACUUCACCGAGGACCACAUCUACUCGUGCGCCGACAGCGCGCCCAAGUGCGAGCUGCGCGGUGCCGACCGCGCCGACGUGAGCGCCGUCCUCGAGACGGCCGUGGAGCGCCUCAACGAGCGCUACCAGCCUCAGCUGCGCUUCAGCAAGCGUCGACUGCUCAACGGCUACCGGCGCUUUGACCCCACGCGGGGCAUGGAGUACCAGCUGGACCUGGCGCUCGAGGCCUACACGCAGAAGGGCCACAGCCAGGUGAUCGCCAAGCGCGUGGGCCUCCUGCGUCCGCUCAGCGCUGUGGAGAUCAUCCCCAUGCCCUACGUCACGGAGGCCACGCGCGUACAGGUCAUCCUGCCGGUGACAGCGCGUGAGCAGGACUACGUGGGCAACUUCCUGGGCCGCGUGAUGAAGCUGGCGCUGGACCACAUGCUUGUUAGCGUGCUACUCGCCUUCCUGUUUGUCUACGACCCGUUCGAUGCGCAGCGCGUCAGCCAGACGGACGUGUUCGCCGGCGCCAAGGCCAUGAUUGGCGAAGUGGAGAAGCGUUACGCCGAUGUCAAGAUCCCCUGGAUCAGCGUCAAGACCGAAGUGCCCUCGCAGGUCAAGCUCAUGGACAUCAUCUCCAAGAAGCACCCAGUGGACACGCUCUUCUAUCUGGCCAGCGUGUGGACCGAGGUCAACGCCGACUUCCUCAACCGCUGCCGCAUGAACGCCAUCAGCAACUGGCAGGUCUUCUUCCCCAUCCACUUUCAGGAGUACAGUCCGGCGCUGGUCUACCGCGACCAGCAGCCCUCGGCCUCCUCCUCCUCGUCGCUGGGCUCGGACACGCUCCACGACGGCCACUUCGACCGGCACGUCUUCGAGGAGGCCUGCUUCUACAACGCCGACUACAUGGCGGCGCGCACCAAGAUGGCCGCCGACAUCCUGGACAACGACGAGCUGCUGGAGAGCAUGGACGUGUACGACGUCUUCGUGCGCUACUCGGGCCUGCACGUGUUCCGCGCCGUGGAGCCAGCGCUGGUGCAGAAGUACGUGCGGCGCACGUGCAACCCGCGCUUCAGCGAGGACAUCUACCACCGCUGCAUGCUCAGCAACCUGGAGGGGCUGGCCUCGCGCUCGCACCUGGCCAUGGCGCUGUUCGAGCAGGAGCAGGCCAACAGCACCUAAGCUUACCUGGGACACACCUGACCCCCCCUAUCCCCCUCCCCACUCUCAACUUGAGGGUCAAACUGACUUGCUUGGUGUUUUCCCAGACAAUCUGACCUUAUUCUGACAUUAACUGGUGAACUUAACUUUUCCUAAGCUGGAAGGAGUCAGGCGAUGCCAUGAACACAAUUCCCUCCGGCAGACUUGUACGCCGGGGUGGGGAUGCGGAACUUGCCAACAGUACAAGUUUUCUGCUGUACUUUAAGCACAUAUUUCAAUGUUGGAAUGACCAGGGACGGCCUAAACUAAGUUGUUUCAGGCCAUGUCAUGAUAAUGUAUGCUCACUGUGCCAGUGAAGAAGCUGCCUUCUCCUGCUGUACUGUGGGGAUGG